AUGAGAAGCGCCCCCGUGCCCUUGCAAAAGGAGGGGCUUCCCACGGUCCGCCUCGCCCGACACCUGUCGCCUACUACCAAAGACGCUGUCAACAUGCCAGUUCCGGUCGCAGCCAAAGUUGGCAUCGUCGUCGCAUCGGUGGCUGUGACCGCUGCUAUCGCCAUCUAUGAAAUCCCAGAGGUUCGCCGCGCAACCGAAGACCUCCGCCGACGCAUCGCCCUCGCCCUCCACUCCCUAGGCGACAAUUUCGAUCCAAACAGGGAGCCACGCUUCAACCGGCCUGAAGACGCUGACGGCUUCUAUCAAUCUCACGAUGUUGAUGCCGACGAGGAAACGAGGAGGAGGCAGCGGGAGGAAUUGAUGUACUGGAAUCUGCGCCGCGAGGAACAACAGCGGGACCAUCCCGAAGUCCAGCAGCGACCCCGUGGCUCAACCUUCGACGACUUCCUCCAGCCAGAUCGGACGGGCGAUAGCGGCGCGUUUGUUUACAACACCGGGGCGAACGCUUGGGGUUCCGACUCUCUUAACGUCCUUCGCCGCCGGGGCAACGUCGAGGGCGUGCGGGGUCUGAACGCUGCCAUGGUUACCAACCCUUUCAGCGACGAGCAUGGUAUCGAGCUGGAUGACCGCGCCGAGCUUUCUCCUCCAACUCGCGCGGAAGUCAUGUCGGACAUCUACGGCGCCACCCCUCGCGUACUCUCCCCUUCGGUUCCCCAGGUGCACCCCCUCCAGGUCCAGCCUCUCGCCGUCCCAGUUGCAAGCGAAGUCCUCUUCGAUUUUGAGACCCACAAUGCCCCUAGCGAGUACGCCACGGCGGUAGAUGAAGACUACCAGGACACCAAGGAGGCCCCGCGGGUCGCCACGCCCACCGCCACCUCCCGCAGCACUACCAUCGGCCGCGAGCUCGCUGACGACGAGUACAUGACCGCUGGGCAGGACGACCGCAACAGUGCCGAGGCGUACGCCUCGAUCCAGGCAUGGGCACAAAAUUCGUCUAACCCGGGCUUCUACUCGCCACUUCCCGACACCCCCCAGACGCCGCUCUCCGAUCCCGAGGUCAUCAGCCAGGGGCAACUUACCCCGACCGACUCCAUGUCGAUGGCUGGAUCCGGUGUGGAUGUUGCCAAUGAUGACGUCUCUAUGACCGAGGGCCGUGAUUACGACGUCAUGAGUGAAUCGGAUGGUGGGGUACACACGCCGGGUAGCUGGUCCGAGGUGGCGAGUGUGGUCAGCGAGAGCGAGAGUGCGGUGCGGGCUUAG